CUUCGAUUGCUUACCGCAUUUUGGGUGGCUGUUCUUUUUUCGUUGUGCCUUACCCUCGCCCUCCUCACACCUUGGCCAUCACUCUCACAUCCUCCUUAGCUAAAACACAUGAGGACUGGCCGAACCGCCCAGGCUGGACUAGGCCGUCUCACGGAAUGGGUAUGUACCACAUGUCGAGCACGCCAGACUCCAAAUCGAGCGGCGCACAAGUAUGAUGCUCCUACUGCGGCGGGAACCAUUCGUCUACACACACGCACCUAUUCCUCCAGCCCUCCUCUGAGACGCGGGAAACUGCCAGACAGUCCGGCCCGGACCAGAUUCGCCCCGUCGCCCACCGGCAACCUCCAUCUGGGGUCCAUUCGUACGGCACUCUUCAAUUACCUUCUCGCUCGCGCAACCCAAGGCCAGUUCCUCCUGCGCAUCGAAGACACGGACGCGAAACGCACCAUCCCCGGUGCCGAAGAAAGACUGUACAGAGACUUGACGUGGGCGGGGCUGAACUGGGAUGAGGGCCCUGUGGUCGGUGGUCCUUACGGGCCCUAUCGACAGUCCGAACGACUACCGUUGUAUCAACAGCACAUCACGUCGCUUCUGUCCUCGGGCCACGCCUACCGGUGCUUCUGUACACCCGAAAGACUUGACGACCUGAACAGGCGCAGGCACGAGAAGGGACUGAGUCUGGGCUACGAUCGGAAAUGCGCGCACGUUUCCCACGCUGAAUCCGAAGAGAGAGCCUCCAAGGGCGAGAAGCACACAGUCCGCUUUCGCUCCCCGGACACCUGGCCACGGUACAAUGACCUGGUGUACGGGAAGAGCGGACACGGUGCGGAGAAGACGAAGAAGCUCCUGGUGGAUGAACCCGUGUACGAAGACGUGAUCUUGAUCAAGUCCGACGGCUACCCUACGUACCACUGGGCCAACGUCUGCGACGACCACGACAUGCGCAUCACCCACGUCGUGCGCGGGAGCGAGUGGAUGGCCAGCACGCCGCUGCACGUCGCUCUGUACGAUGCCUUGGGCUGGACGGCGCCCCUCUACGCCCACGUGCCGCUGCUGGUCGACGAGAACAAGCAGAAGCUCAGCAAACGCAACUUCGACUCGGACAUUGCCAGUUUCCGGGACAAGGGCAUCUUUCCCGAGACGCUGGUCAACUUUGCGGCGUUGCUCGGAUGGUCGCACGCCCAAAAGAACGACGUCAUGGACCUCGGGCAGCUCGAGAAGCUGUUCGACCUGAAAAUCACAAAGGGCAACACCAUCGUCUCGUUCAACAAGCUCGAGUACCUCCAGAUCCGACACGCGCGGCGUCGGAUUCAAGCUCGAGGCCCCGAGUUUGAGCAAAUGGUUCGCGACCUCGCCGUGGCCGUGCUGGGUCGUUACGGCGCUCGCAACGUCACCGAAUUCAUCGGCACCAGGACCCUGCCGGACGUCCUGACGUCCAUGCUCGAGAUCGAGUCGUUCAAGUACCGGUCUCCGUCGGACUUUGCGGACCAACUCUCGGUCUUCUUCGAACCCGUCUCGUUGACCACGGCGCACGCGACGCCUCCGGACGUCGAUGCGUCGUCGCUGCAUUAUCUCCGCGUAGCGGCCGCGGCGAUGUGUCUCGUCCCGCAGACCUCGUGGACCGAGAAUGUCCAUCUGUCACAGCUCAAGAGUCUGGAGGUGUCGCCCGACCAAGGCGUCAUCGACCCGGCCCGGUGGAAGAAGGAUCUGUAUCACUACCUCCGCUGGGCGUUGGCGACGGGUCCCCGAGGGCCCCCUGUCGCGAAGACGCUAGAACUUUUGGGGAGGGAGGCGUCGGUGCUCAGACUUCAAGCCGCGAACCUGAGAGCCCAAGAAAUCGUGUCCGCUUCGUCCAAACCAAGGAUCGAGACCGAGACUUUCAAGGGCCACGCCGAGGGCAAGAGAAGGAUCGAAAAGGAGUGGACCGGACAUGGCCUGCCUGUGUAGUACCAUGACCAUGUCUGUGUAUAGUAUCAUGUCCUACUAUAUGUAUGUUACCGUAUACAUGUAUUCCAAGUGUAAAUGUCACAAAAAGCUGCUGUCCGUGUAUACUCUAUACUCGAUUGAAAGAGACUUCCCUUCGUACGGGGGCUGGUUAAUCCAAACAAAUGGACAAUGUACUCCAUAUCGUACCCACACACCGACACCUACGUCUAUCUACCUCUUCUUGGUUGGAGGAGGGGUUUUGUUGACGGGUUUCGACAUCCUUUUCUUCUCUAUUACUGGGGUUGCAGGCGAUCAACCUACGGUACGGUACUGUAGUCACUAGUCGAACCAUUUUGAGGCCUCAAGUAUUGAACCACUUCGUAUCUCAUACCAAGGUACCCCUGCGCGGGG